AUGCCGAUAACUAUCCACUCAAAAGUGGUCGAGCUUGACUGCUUAAUACCUAGAGUCAUUGACCGCGAACGCGAAGAUGAAGAUGUCCGAAAUUUCAUCCCCUGUGUCUUCCAACAAUCAAACCUCAUGGACUGGGACUGCACACUGAACUGGCCGGAAGAAGAGCAUCUCUUCCAAGAUUUGUUUUUUCAUCUCGUCGACUACAUAAGAGAUCAAGGACGUGGGAAUACGAUUUCAGAGAUCCUGUGCAAGGAAGCCAGGAUAUCUAGUAUUUUGAAGCCUAGCGAGACCAUCACGUUACCUAAGAAAAGCUGGAGGGUUGGUGACAGGUCGAUGCAUGGGUUUUCUAUGCAUAUACAGAGCCAUAUUAUUGCCGAGUUGAUGCGAAACAUCUAUUGUAGACUUGAGGGUUUGGAUGAUGAAGCGCCGAGGCUUCGUGCCUUGCCAUUCCAGCGUGACGUGAAAUAUGUCGUGGGAAGGAUGCAAUAUGCUGCUCGACUAGAGGGUAAUAUUCAUGUUGGGACGCAAGCUGAAUUUAUACCGGUAGUCUCUUUUACUGGGUGGUACAAGGGACAAAUUUGGAAUGAACUUUUGACAGAUACAAUUUGCACCAUGCUGGGACAUCUGACUAUGAAUCUAACACAUGGUUCACAUGGCGGAGUUCAGACCCAGGAAGUCUUUGUUGUUGGUCUCCAUGGGCCAUAUCUUCAUAUAUGCCGUGGAUUCUUUCCGCAAGAUCGGAUUACUAGGGUAUAUCAACAUGGAUACUCGGAUGCGGAGGAGUUUGAUUUGGAAUUUACGCGGGUGUAUAACCUAUAUCUGAAAGAAGAUUGGCUUGAAGCUACACGUGCAUUGAGUAGAUUGCUUCGAUAUCUUCUUAGUGGAAAGGCAAUGGUUGCGGCUGUGCACAGAGAGGAGUAG